AUGGCCACUCUCAACUCCUUGAAAGAGACUCUGUGGCGGAAGGCCUCGAUACCCACCUCAUUGUCCAUGGAGCUACUGUCAGACGAGCAGUACAGCACUGGCUUCGACAUCUUAGUGCAGGGCUCGGGAUGGAGAAUCUACCGAGAUUUCAUCAUUCCGCACCUGUCUCAUCUUCUGGCACCUCUAUUUAACUCGCGCGAUGGUGACCGUAUCUCGGUGAUGGAAGUUGGACCAGGCCAGAUCAGUGUCCUUGAAUACCUGCCCCUCCAUCUGCGAAAAAGGAUUUCCAAGUACUCUGCAUUUGAGCCCAACAAAUUGUAUGCGACACGACUGGAAGAAAGACUUUGUUCGAAGUCGGAAACAGGGUACCGACUGCUGCCUGGUCUGGAAAGCCCUCCCAGCAUUCGCCGAGCACCAUUCGUGCUAUACUCUGUCAAAGAGAGUGACCUUGACGGCAGCGAAAAAUUCGACGUCAUAUUAUUCUGCCACAGCAUGUAUGGUAUGGCGGACAAAGAGAAAGUUAUCAAACAAGCUGUGGAGAUGCUUGUUGAAUUGCCCAAAAACGGAAUGGUCACUGUGUUCCAUCGCGACGGAACCCUGCAUCUGCCGGGAUUAGUAUGCCAUCAAACAGCUUCAUUUCCGCCCGGAACUGUAUUUGUGGCGAAUGAAGACAAAGUGCUGGACAAUUUCGCUUCUUUUGUUGUUGGUUUUGGGGUAGAGGGUUUGGAUAGCGAGGCCCUCCGAACCGAAUGGCGAAACGUUUGUCGCAUCCUAGGCCGACGUGAGGAAGCUCAUCCAAACAAGCUCUUGUUCAGCUCCCCCGAAAUCAUGAUGGCGUUCACAAGAAAUUCGACCGCGCUACCGGAAUGUGUGACGCAAGUUGCAAUUUUGGAAGGCGGCAGGACGAUCAAAAACCGCGAGGCUAGACUCCACCACCCCGCCUCAACUGUAUCGCCCAAAAAUAUCGAAGAUGUGCAGGAGUGUGUACGAUGGGCUUUGAAGCACAAUUUGGCAUUGAGCAUCAUUGGCGGGGGUCAUAGCGGGCACUGUGUAUUGCCCAAUGUCGUUGCAGUCGAUAUGAGCGCUUUCAACCAAGUACAUAUUGUCACAGGCGAAGAUGGCGACCAGGCAUGCAGUGGCGCCUCCAAGUCUUUGCUUGUCGCUGAAGCAGGCUGUAAGACAGAAGACAUUGUUCGCAGAGCGAUGGCGGCGGGAUUUACAGUACCUUUGGGAUCUCGACCAAGUGUAGGCGCGGGGCUGUGGUUACAAGGCGGAAUCGGACACUUGGCUAGACUGCAUGGGCUUGCAUGCGACGCUAUAGUUGGUGCCGUGGUUGUCAGUGUUAAAUCUGGCGAAAUUCUCUGCAUCGGCGACGUUCCAAUCGACCAUCGACCGGCUGGCGCCACAUUUCCAAAUAACGAGACUGAUAUUUUGUGGGCGAUAAAAGGUGCUGGAACCAACUUCGGCAUCGUGAUGAGUGUUGUUUUCAAAGUAUUCGCGGCUUUGACAUACGAAACUCGGAGCUGGAGCAUUCCUCUUGAACACGAAUGGGAAGCAAGGUCCGUGAUGAAUCAAUUUGACUCCGACGUUGCUUUGAAAUUGCCCCGAAACCACUCUGCAGAUGCUUAUCUGUACUGGGAAAUGGGCAAGCUGCGUUUUGGCAUAACCAUGUUCGAAGCUUAUGUACCUGGUGAACCACGUACUAGUCCAGACAACCCAUAUUGCCUGAAAGCCAAGUCAUUGGAGUCAUUGGCAAGACCCAGAACCAUGAACAGCGUCGAUUUGUUUGAUGCCGAAAUGUACAUGUCCGAAAUGCAUGGUGGACAUGGUGGAGGCAAAACGUCGGCAUUCAAACGAUGUUUACUCCUCAAAGGUAUCGCAAAUCUAGAUGUUCAAGAUGCUUUGGUGGCAGCUAUUAAAACACGUCCAACCUCUUCUUGUUACCUCCAUCUUUUGCAUGGCGGCGGAGCCAUCUGUGAUGUAGCUGCCAACGCCACUGCUUUCGGCUGUCGAGACUGGAACUUCGCCUGUGUGAUUACCGGAGUCUGGCUUCGUGAUCAAGACGAAACCGAAAUUUCUCAAGCUGCCAUUCAAUGGGUAUAUAAAGUCGCUGGAAACUUGUUGCCAUUAAGCAGCGGGGUCUACAGUGCAGACCUCGGACCGGACCCAAGAGACGCUAUACUGGUGACAAAAGCCUUUGGGCCUAAUCGGUCGCGCCUAAACCAUCUUAAGCACAGCUUAGAUCCACACAAUGUGUUGGCUUAUGCAUGUCCACUCCAGAAAGUAUCAAUGGGUCAAAAGGUCAUCAUUCUCGUGACAGGUGAAAGCUGCGCCGGUAAAGAUCAUUGUGCCGAUAUUUGGGUUUCUGAAUUCAUCUCCGGUACCCACCAAAACAUCACGGCUCGCUCUGUAAGCAUUAGCGAUGCGACGAAGCGAGAAUAUGCAGCCACAACGGGUGCUGACCUGACACGCUUGUUGCAAGACCGUGUCUAUAAAGAGCAGCACCGGUCAGCCUUAACUACCUUUUUCCAGAGCCAGUUGCGAGAUCGACCUGGCUUGCUGGAAGAGCAUUUCCUGAAGGUGGUAUCCGAUGCCGUGGAUGUGGAUGUGCUGCUGAUCACCGGGAUGAGGGAUGAGGCUCCAGUUGCAGCAUACUCGCACUUGGUUCCGGAUAGCAGACUACUCGAGGUUCACGUCCGAGCAGAGAAGGAGACACGGUUGACUCGUCGGGGAUACCAAGGCGGUGACAAUGUUGGCGAUUAUGGUAAUGAGGAAAAGCGCAAAGACCAUGAUGACUCUAUUCAGCUGGGUGUUGACUAUCCUCCAACCUUCAUCUUCGACAACGAUGCUGAUGGAAGUAAUGCGAUAAAGGUUUUUGCGCAGCAACGCCUUUUUCCUUUCUUUGAAAAUGAUUUCCGGCGUUUGGUCGACAUGGUACGCGUGGUGCCCAACUUCCCACGCCUAGGCAUCGAUUUCCAUGAUGUACUCAACAUCUCGCAACAACCAGGUGGGCUCGCUCUCAGUACAUCUUUGCUGAAAAGCACCUUCAACGGUGACUGGGAAAAAAUUAAAACGAUAGCGUGUUGCGAAGCUGGUGGCUUUGUUUUUGCCUCGACGUUGGCAUUGCUGGUCGAUGUACCCUUGGCGUUGAUUCGUGAAGCUGGCAAGCGACCUCCGCCGAUGAUUUCCUCCUUCAAGCCCGAAUCGCAUAUAUCCUCAAAGUCGACCAUUUCACAAGGGAGCAAGAUCGAGAUGGAUCAGUAUUUGAUUCCCAGGGGUGCUUCAGUUUUGGUAGUGGAUGAUGUUCUGGCCACGGGAAAGACGCUUUGUGCAGUGCUAUGGCAGUUAGAGAAAACAGGCGUUUGUGCUAAAGAUAUUAGCGUCAUGGUGGUUGCCGAGUUCCCCUAUCACCGCGGGCGAGAGUUCUUGCGCAGACAAGGGUUUGGUGAAGUCAGUAUUCAAAGCCUCCUAGUCUUUGAUGGUGCAUAA